AUGGGGGAGGAAGUAAAUAAGUACCUAGAGUUUACAGACAUUGUACGUCAGCCUCCACCUUUGUGUAAUGCAGGUCCAAUCAAUGAUGACCCUUAUAAUUGGCAAGCUACAAUUUGUGGGCCGCCAAAUUCGCCAUAUGAAGGAGGAGUAUUUUACUUGGGUAUUAACUUUCCACCGGAAUAUCCGAUGAAACCACCAAAAGUAUGGUUCAAAACACAGAUUUACCAUCCAAAUAUCGGCGAAAAGGGAAAAAUUUGUCUGGACAUUCUUCAGCAUAAAUGGUCACCGGCUUUGACUAUUUCUAAAGGUAAUUUUAGUGGAUAG